CAACACAGUCGCGCCGAGAAACUGAAUGUUGCCGCCGAUGGAAAUGCGCAGAUGGUCGAGAAUCCGCUACUGACGCAUGAAUCCAAGACCGUAAACGCCCCCUGGUACGUGCGCACGCUCACGGGCGGUGUGCAGAAGAACGUUCUCAUUGCACUGGACCGCUCACAAUCUAUGGAUGUUCCCCCAAAGAAGCUGCCUGGUGCCAGGCGAGCUGCCAUUCAGAUCCUGGAUAGCCUCGCGGUGACGGACACUUUCUUUGUGAUGUCAUACCAGCAUCCCGUACAGUUUUCGGCGUUCGAAUUUGUCCAUACGACGGACUCCCACAAGGAGAGCGCCACUGAGUGGCUUAAUAACAUUUACGCUGCCGGUGGAUCGACAACCCGUCCGGACGCCGAGUUUGGGUUGGGUACGGCCCUGGUCGUGGGCAGUCUCGGCGUUGUGCCAGAACCAUGGCGGGACAAGAUCACCAGCACAGUGCCCGCAGACGAGAGACCUGCGCAACUUCCGGCCGUCACGGAUCCACCAGAUUGCCCGUUCGCUGCUAGUCAGGGUUGCGAGAAGACGGUGCUCGUGAUGAUGUCGGACGCUCCCCUAAAACAGGGCCAGGAAGAUGCAGAAAAGGGACAGUGGCUAAAGGCUGUUCGAACGCUUCUCGAUGCGGAUGCGGCGCAGUCACAGGGCAUCUAUUCGUCAUCUAGUGGGGACGGUGGCAGUGGUUCAACACCAGAGCCGGCGGUGCUCGUCAAUGUGUAUGCACUCAAAAACCCGUUCGAGUUCUUUGGAACGCCACCGCAGGGCCCGUCGCUAACGCCCUAUUACGAAACACUGGCCGGCAAGUUUGGCGGUGAAGCAAUGGCAAUGGAUGACAGUCAGGACAUGAUGGCAACAAUGUCGCGAUACUGGCGCUCAUUGGUCCAGGGCGCGAGCGACGCGAGCGGCUCCCGGAGUGUCGUCUGGACUUGGAAUGAUGUAGCCACCACGGAAGAUGCGACGGGUAGGAGUGAGCUCACAGCCUGCCGUCGCAUUGAUUUCAACACUGGCAACAACGACUUGCAGGGUGUUAUGUGUGUGGAACCCAGCGCAGUGCUGCCUCUGACCCUCAACGAGCUGCAGUGCCUCCCGAGGUUUUUGGAAGAAAUGCACACUCGGCUACGGUCGACGAACUGCAGUGUGGAAAACAAAGCAAAAUGCCGCGCGGAGGCAGUGGUGUGCGCAGCUGCAGGAUGGACUCCAUGCGACUGCGACAACACCGUACAACUUCGAGUACAACAGCGUACAAAACUACGAGAACAAUGGUGGUUACAUAGGGACAGUAGCGACUGCAGAGACCCUUUUCGAGGUAAUGAAGAAGGCGAUUACUGCAGUACCGGAAUCCGAACAAAAAAUCACGACCGAGAAGCGCAAGUCAAACCACCCCCACCCGCAAUUGUAUCGGAUACAAGACCCACUGGAUGCCGAGCUGAAGGCUUUGGCCUGCUACUCAAGCCCCGUGCCGUCGCCGGAUAGCACACCAGGACCCGGAGGCCUGACCACGGGGAGCCCGCCAGGGCCGACACCCGGGCCUGCUCCGGGGCCGAGCCCCAGUACUACCCCUGGGCCGAGCCCGGGAUCGCCCGGGCCGGGGCCGAGCACAACCGAAACCCCGCCGGGAGGCCCCGGAAGCCCGUCUGGCACCGAUCCUCCAGGGAACC